AUGGGACCCGCGUUCAGCACUGGUCCUGUCGCAACCGACUCCUUCAUCCGCGAAGCAACUUCCACGCUCACCCUUCCCAAGGCUCCCAGUGGCUCUUCUGGCUCUGCAUCCCUUUGGGUUGGUAUGGGCACUUCGAACGGGGAUCUCAUCCAAUCCAUUGCCGACAACUGGCAGUCAGACGACUGGAGUAUCUAUGCUUACACGCUUCUGUCGACUGGGGCAAAUUCGCAGAUGCCCGUUCAGGGAGAGUCCUCUACAGCCGUCGCUGGAGACAAAGUAACAAUGCACUAUAAAUUCGAUGAUUUAACUGGAAACUAUACGCAGACUGUUUCCGUCAACGGCGAAACUGUCUCUACUCUCUCCACUAGUGAUGGGCAGGCCCAGGGCUGGGGAAGUUCCGUGGAAUGUGCCGCGGAGGACUGCGGUACCAUGCCCGCCCAUACAUGGACCGAUACCAAGAUCAUUCUCGAUACUGCCGACCCUAACUAUAUCAACACUAUGGCCAAGGGCGAGGGAGUUACCGGUGAGAUGUCAACCAGUGAUGAUGGGAAGACCUGGACUGUUACUACAAUUGAGAUUCCAGAGUUCUCUUUUGGAGCUUGA